CCUGCUUUCCUCCUCAACCCGAGCCCGUCUCUUUCUCUCUUGUUUCGCCGGCGAUCGUUUUAGUUUUGCAGUUCGUCAGGAAAACAAAAAUGGCGGGUUUGAUUGUGGUCUGCAUUAGUGCGCUACUUGUGUUUUUGCUGUCCGGAGUUGAAGGGAGGAUCCCCGGCGUGUACACCGGUGGCGAGUGGCAGAGUGCUCACGCCACCUUCUACGGUGGCAGCGACGCCUCCGGUACUAUGGGAGGAGCAUGCGGGUACGGGAAUCUGUACAGCCAAGGGUACGGAGUGAACACGGCGGCGCUGAGCACAGCGCUGUUCAACAACGGGCUGAGCUGCGGGGCGUGCUUCGAGAUAAAGUGCGCAAAUGACCCGAGCUGGUGCCAUUCCGGGAGCCCUUCCAUCUUAGUGACGGCCACUAACUUCUGCCCCCCAAACUUUGCCCUUCCAAGCGACAACGGCGGCUGGUGCAACCCCCCUCGUGCCCACUUUGAUCUGGCCAUGCCCAUGUUCCUUAAGAUCGCCCAGUACCGCGCCGGCAUCGUCCCCGUCUCUUUCCGCCGGGUGCCUUGCCGGAAGCAGGGAGGGAUCAGAUUCACGAUCAACGGUUUCCGUUACUUCAACCUGGUGCUGAUCACCAACGUGGCGGGAGCAGGAGACGUAGUGAGCGCGAGUGUGAAGGGGUCCAAGACCGGGUGGAUGGUGUUGAGCCGGAACUGGGGCCAGAACUGGCAGUCAAACGCCGUGCUGGUGGGCCAAUCGCUGUCGUUUCGGGUUAUGGCCAGCGACCGCCGCCAUUCGACGUCGUGGAACAUCGUUCCGGCGAACUGGGAGUUCGGACAAACCUUUACCGGGAAGAACUUCAGAGUCUGAAGGAUGGAGGGCCGCUGUCCUCCUGCAUUUUUUAGUGUUGAUUGGCAUGGCAGGGAGGCGCCAAUUUGAAAUGUUUUUCGAUUUUUUGGGUUUAUUUUAUGAUUUUUGAGUUUUAAGUGGGGGUAAUCGGGGAAUGGGAAAGUUAAAAAAGGAAGAGUGGUAGGUAAAGAUAAAGAGAAGGAAGAGUGGACUUUUUGACUUUGUGUUGAGACUGAUGAUGAGUGAGUGUGGGGGACUGUGCUGUGUGAUUUUAAGAACAGUAAAAAAAAAAAGGAAGGAAUUGUAGGGGUGGGAAAAGGGGCUGAGGCGGCUGCAGAAACAUGUGGCCCGCAGCCAGCUUAAUUAUAUAUAUAUAUAAAGUGUUUUAUCAUCACUUUUUAAUGUAUGUUUGGGUAUUUUAUUU